CAUCAAGAUAUUCUCUGAGCAACGGUUGAUGUGUUGUCAUUUUUUCAUCUCCAGAAGGAAGCUCGGGAGAUGGGAAGAAAUAUAUGGUGGUUGUUCCUGAACAACGAGAUAAGACACAUCAAAUCUUUUACACGGUACGAAGUUAAAGAUGAAGAAGCUGCAUUGAUCUUCCCAAAAGAUCCUCCAUGGUUCAAGCUAUGGAUGGUUCCUGUGAUGAUGCUUUUUAUUUUCUUUAUCGUUGUUGUUAUAUUAAUUUGUCGACGUUGUCAAAAUUGUCGCCGUGGCGAAAAUUCUCCCAGCAUCCAUCCUAUCUCCCAGAACACCUAAUUUGUUUAGAUUUCUUCUUUCUGUCAUGUAAAUUGUCCAUGGUGCAAUAUAUAUUCUACAGUUUCACCAUAAAUUUCUGAGCAAAUUGAUCUAAUGAAAAAUAUAAAAGCAGUAUUCAACAAAAUAAGACUAAACGAUGCGGAAAGAGAACAGUAAAAAUGGAAUAAAUAACAAAAAUGUAACUGGAAAAAAAUUAAUUUCAUUUAAAUUUGAGCAGUGCAGAAGAAAUAGUAAUAAAACAUUCUUACAUUAUAUCCAUAUCUCAAAUACAUACAACAAACAAA